CCAGUCAGGGACAUCACUAUUAUAUAUUACUUGUAAUAACUGCCUUUCCUUUCAAUACAUUCACUCUGGUUAUCCCACUGUACAUUAUUUCUUAUGAUCCUCAUUUAAUCCCAACAGGACCUAGCAGUUUACUAGCAUUGCGCAUUAUGCAUGACCACACAUAAGUGUUGGUAGAUCCAGGUUAGUGGAAAACAGAACCUGAACUGAAACUAAUCCAACUGUGAGUUCUAAAGUCAGAAGGGUGCUCAAUGUGAAGUUGGUAGAAUGCCUGACUUUAUUUUAUGCACAUUGUAGUUCAAAAUCAGUAAGUGGUUCCAGAUUGCCUGUACUUGGCCUGUUUAACGAAAACUUACCAUGCUUAUUAAAACUGGCCAUACAUUUUAAGAUAAACUUGUUUGGUGAGGUCACCAAAUGAGCAGAAGGUUUGCCAAUUUUCCCACCUAAGGUGGACAAUAUUGAACUGAUCCAAUCGUUUGGCCCUUGGAUGAAAUCACAACAACAGGAAUAGAGACCAUCAGGGCAAGGACUGCAUUAAUGAGCCAAGAUGGUUCUUCAUCCAAUGGAAAAAUCAAACCAGGAGUGAUCGAUAUUUGGCUGAUUUUCAGCAUCUUAAAUCUGUCUGUGUAUGGCCAUCCUAUUCCCACUCUUUAAAUGUAAUGGCCCCCUAAAAUUGUUCUUGGUAAUUCUUGGUUACUUAAAAGGUAAUUUUUCUUUUUGUCAAAUAAAUGGCACACUCCAUGGCAACCAGGGAUGUCCUGACAGUUGUUAUCCAUUACAACCUUCAGCAUCCCCUGAAGAUUGGGAUACCAAUUGUUACCCUUUAUAAUAUGUACUUAGCUGUGUUUGUCUCCAUAUUGCCUAUUAGAAACACAUGCACUACAUACUGGAAUGCAUCUUAUUUUUAUAUGUGCAGGUGACACAUGGGCAGCAGAACACAGAGGGGGUUAUGUAAUAAAAGGUGCAAUGUUUGCUACAGGUCUAGUCACCUAUAGCAACCAAUCAGCAGGACGAAUGUGCUGGUUACCUGUUUAAAUGCAAAUAACUGAUUGGUUGCUAUUUGCUACUGCACUUUUGGAAAUGUUGUGCCUUGUAUUACAUAUGAGGGAAUGGCUACCAGUACACUCGUUAUAAACUGUUUAGGAACAUUCUUCUCCUUUCAGCAGUUUAUGGUACAUGUUCUGUUUCCUUAGAUAUCUCAGCUCUGAACUGGAAAAUAUAACUCUUAGGAGACAGAAACAACAGCAUGUAUUUAUUCUGUCUACUGCUGGAACCGUUGUUUUUUGGAGUAUUCUUGUUUAUCCUAGCCAAGACAAACAAUAUGGUAGCAUUUAAUUAUAUGUGUAAAUAUUACUAUGAAAAUUAUCCUAUAAUAUGUUUUAAUAUUAGCAGAAUAUGUUAUAAUAUGUUUCCUUUAAUUUUGCAAUUACAUAAACUGUGCUAUAAAGAGCAGUAUCCAGGGAUUUUCAUUGUAUUAUAUUUUUUAUGUGUAAAUGAGUAAACCAUCUCAAGAAAAAGCUUGUGACUCAGUAGAGCAGUGCACUUACAGUAUGUGGUUGUUGAAAUACAUUUAAACAAAUGCUAAAGAAAACAGAACUAUUUAUGGCUACCUAGUAAUCCAGGUGCUUACAUACAACAAGAGAAACCUUUUUUUUUAUGCAUGUAGCUGUUUCAACAAGCCCAGACUGAAUUACAUCACUUCCUAAAUACUCAACGAAAUGUAUCUGUAAAGCUCAGAUGAGAAUUUUUUUUACAGAUAGAUUGAAAGGAAGCAGGAAAUGAUUAUGUUCCUGUGAGUAAGGAGUGAAGCUAAAAAGAUCAAGUCGUUAUAUUUAAGAAGGUAAAAAGAGAGCAUCAGCGCAGACAAAGAAUAUUUCCAGAUACAAUUACACUCUCUCCAUUCCAGCUCGUGACUUGGUUCCCUUCUCAUGCUCAACUAUUGACAUGUUACACCCAUGUUAGAGUAAUGACCUGAGAGGAUGUUGAAUUACAGUUCAGAAAAUUCAGCCACUGCCAAGGGAACAACCUGAAUCUGUGAAGAAAGCCUUUAAGUGUUCAAAGAAAAGUAAGGAAUAAAAUGUCAUCGGAGGUUUCAGAACAUGCAGAAACAUCCCUGCCUACAACUAGGAGUGAAAUCAGCUUCACUGAACCGCCUGUUACGAUGACUUCCACCACAGUGUUAUUUGCAGAUUACUCUGUAUCUGCUUUUACAAAAACUGGCAAUGAGUUAAAUGAGAGUGCUGAUGGAACAGACCUCAGCAGAACCCUUCUCUUUGCUUUUCCUAUUUUCAUACUGAUUCUACUCAUACCACUUAUUAUAUUCAUAGUGAAACACAAACGAUGGAAAAAGGCAGGAGAAGCAAAAAAUGAAGUAGCAAAAAGUCCUAUUUUUGAAGAGGACACGCCUUCUGUCAUGGAGAUUGAGAUGGACGAGCUUGAUAAGUGGAUGAACAGCAAGAAGAAGAAUGGUAAACGUUUGUCCACACUGGAAGAGGAAAAUAAGCUUCACGUGAGUUUAUGUGAGGAUGAGUCCUGAUAAAGAAUGGAACCUACCCAGUGCAAGUGCCAAAGGACUUUCUAGGAAAUCUGAAACAGUCUCAAUGCAUUCACUUUCACUGCUGUGACUGCCUCACUAGAGAAAAGUUUUGCAAUAAUGGAUUAUAUGGCUAAAGGCUCUGUUGAGUUUCUGAGGUCAGACAAGUGGUAGAUCCUUUCUUUAAAUGCUGUAUAUAGCAGUCAGUCAGUAUAAUAUGUGUAUACAACAAUACAACAAUUGCUGGUGUAAUUGUGGCUUUGGAUACAUUAUACAUUUGCUAUUGGAUCAUAUCUGCCUUCACAAUGCAUAUCAGGAGACCUACAUUGUCUGUGAAUACUGUAAAUGCAAAGUUUCAUAUUAUUUCAGGGCUCACAUUGCAACAGCAUGUGCUGUAAGAGCUUGGCUUCACUUAGUUUGGUUUUCUUGUACCUUAUGAGAAGGUGAAUGUAUAAACAUUAUAGGGGUCAUUUACCACCAUAAGUUCAGUGAGUGUAAUUUUCAAGUGCAUUGUCUUUUCCUCUCGCACAAUUCAGCAUUUCCCAGAUUCUUAAAAUUCCAGUGUCGUUGUGAUCUCCUGGUGGGGGUUGUGCUUGACACAAUUGUGGUCAAUGUGACAAAAAUUAAAAAUUAAGCUGCACUCACACUUUGACAUUUCGUGGCUGUUAGGGUGCUUACUCAUAGGCUGCCUCAUCAGCCUAUAAGUAAGUGCCCCAACAGGUAUGAAACACGUUAGGCCAUUUGUUAUAUCCUAAUAAAUUAUUUUUUUUAUUUUUAAUAACUCUAGUUUUGAUUUUUGGGCCUCAUACAUCAUCUGUUUUGAUACUGAACAUUUUGACACAGGAAGGUGUGGGAAUCCUGGAGUUUACGCCUGGUCUGAAAGUGGCAAUAGCUCCAGGUUCCCCUGUGUCCAUAGGUGCAGCAUUGCUUGAUUCGGAAUCAAAAGAACUACAGUAUUCUGUGGUGCAAGGAGCACAUUUUGACUCCAGUACCUUUAGGCUGAUGUCCCACAGGGUGUGUUAGUCACCUGUCAUAAGUCUCAGCUAUCCCAGGUGACCAUUUAGAAAUGCCUUCGCACCGGCACAAAUAGUAAUCUCUGGUGGAAAGGCCUUCACAUAGCUUCCUCCUGCAGGCAACUUUGUAUGACUUCAGAAAACUGAAGCAAUGCAAAGACCUUUCCACCAGUGAAUCCUAUUGUUGCAGAUGGAAAGGCAUUUUGGAGCGGUUAGUCACCCACCAUAACAGAGAUCUAUCAUGGGCAACUAACAUGCUCCGUGGGAAAUCAGCCUUAACUAAGCUUGCAGUUGUAAAUGACUUUUUUUGUCUCUUUUUCUCUCUAAUCACACGCACUGUUUCUUUUUCUUGUAAUCAUCUCUAUUGAUCACUCCUUGUGUGUCAUCUAUUGGUGCAAGAUAUUCUUUCAGUAGCUCUAAAUUCACAUUUCAUAAUAUACAUAUGUUUACAUUUUGUUUGAGUCCUCAUUGUUUGACUAUAAGCUACUUGUGAUUUAUAAAAUAAAGGAGAAAAUGGUACUUUG